AUGUCUAGAGUAGUCAACUGGUUUGACGUUAAGAACAUCCGUAUAAACUAUACACAAAUACCCAUCGCAGCUACAGCUGGUCUCAAAGCUGCAAAGAAUAAUACCCGGCCUAAGAUGUUAUUAAAUAUCCAAAACAACCACAAUGGCAUUAAAAAUAACGUAGCAUUAUCAUCCAAGACACAAAAUAGAACUUUAUAUCAAACUAGCCUUCCGUUUGAUAAUACGGAGAGAAGCAUGACCGAAAUGACAAGUAGGAUGAAUAACAAGACUGCUCAUAUCAACUAUGAUCAACUUGUCGAUAUUCAUAUCAAUAUAAAAAGGGCAGGAAGUAGUUUUAGUUAUUAUUUCAAGAAACAGUAUGAAGUUUGGCAUACAGAAGACCCCAAAGCCCUCUUAGAUAGACUGCUCAGGCCUCUUCCUCUAGAUAAAGCCAAAUCGUUAACAAUCAAGCCAAGUGAUUAUGAGAAGAUCUCACCUCAAACGAUGAUGAAGCUUGUUGCUAUGAGAUGGACUCUAGUACCUAAAGAAGAGAAAAUUAAAUAUGACAGUCUACGUCAGAAAAUAGGCGCAUACAGGAAAUCUCUACCAAGAUUCAUGAAAACGAAAGAGUUGAAGAUCGGAACCGGCCCAAAGCAAUUUAAAACAUUGGUAAAAGAUUGCCAGUUAUAG